AUGUCUUCAGUUAGAACUAUCGAUUUGUAUCGAAUUUUCGAGAGACUCGACAAGAAUGGAGAUGGACUAGUGAGCCUUGAAGAACUAAUGUGGUUGCUUCAUUCGAUCGGGGUCCAAACUAGUCUCGAGGAGCUCAAGUUGCUGGUUUUUGAUUCAAAUGGCGAUGGAUUCAUCAGUAGUGAAGAGUUGAAGAAUGCUUUGUGCAGAUUGGGAUUGUUGGACGAAAGAUCUUGUGGCAAGGAUUAUUGCACGAGUGUGAUUAAUGUUUAUGACACUAAUUGUGAUGGCAAACUUGACUUUGAAGAGUUUAAGAAUAUGAUGCUAGUUUGA